AGUAGUAGUAAACCUCCUAGAUAUUCUAUUCCUUAAUCUUAAAGAGUUUCUUUGCAAACCCUGUUGUGAUUUUUUCCUUUCACUAUCUCAGACAAAGUCUCUAAUUCAUGGCCUCAUCACCAUCAAACUACUUAAAGACGCCAAAUAUUCUGAUUUCCAUCUUUUCUCUCAUAUUAAUAUUAUCUUCCAAUAUUGCAGGAGCUGAUCAUCAUCAGUCAUUGUUGGCUAAAGAUCAUAUUGAUGGAAAGAGUUUAAAGCAAAAGAAAAUGGUGUUAGGUUCGAAGCCACCUGAGUGUGCUAACAAGUGCUUAGGUUGCAGACCUUGCAUGGCUUCCUUAGUUGUUUCUCAGCACGAAAAGAAUGUCAAGCCAUUGCCUCACGCACCAGAGAGCUACUAUCUUCUGGGGUGGAAAUGCAAGUGUAGGGAUAAGUUCUUUCAACCUUGAAAACCUUUCAUUGUAUAAUUAUUACCUAUAUCAUAUAUAAG